AUGUUUUAUUCUCAAGGCUCUUUACAACCGUCCAAACCACAAUCUCAACAACUCUUCAUGCUUGGAUCACAGCCCGAGAACCGCUCGAGAUCCACCUCAUUACCUUCUUUCAAUGAGUUGUUAACCUCGAUACCCUUGACCCACGACUUCACCUCUGCCUCCCGCUCGGCUAGUGGCUCUUCGGCCUCAUCCUCCCCCAGCAACUACUACUCCCAGCCAAUGUACCACCCAAGAAUGCCCAACCUCAGUCCACCAAUCCCCGGACACCAGACACUGUCUCCAUCCGUUGGUGCAUCGUACAGCAGCUUUGGAGGCAAGUCUCACUACCAGUACCAGUCAUAUGCACAACCACUCCAGCCCCUUCCUGUGGUGUACUCUAGCGCUACGCAACCAGCACAUGGCCAUGCACACAGCGGGUCCAUCGACGGUGGCAGAGAUGCACCUGCUUUGAUACGAUCCACCUCGUCUCCAAUUCCCACCAGCAGAAGCAGCUCAGCGUCGCCGCUUCAGACAGGGUCCCCCGAGCUCGAGGAGGCCGUGGUCGGGUCCAAGGACGCCAAGAGGAAGCAUGUGUGCAAGGUUUGCGCCAGAUCGUUCACCACCUCCGGGCACUUGGCCAGACACAACCGGGUCCAUACUGGAGAAAGAAAGCAUGUGUGUCCUUGGCCCACCUGUGACGCUAGAUUCGCCAGACAGGACAACUGCAUGCAACACUACAAGACGCACACCAAAGGUAGAAACAAGAGAAGCAAGUUAAACUUUAAAUCCAACAGUUUGGGCUCCAAGUAG